AUGCAAGGACGGUUGGUCGGAGAUCACGGUGAUUGGAAGCUUUGUACGGGAGUUGUCUAUAUUUCACAACGUCAGAUCCAGAGCAGAAAGACUGUGUGGUAUGAAGGUUAUGGUUUUGUUGUUGUUUGUUCCGAAUCGAUCUUCUACAGGUUUUUGUAUAUGACCUUUUGGGCAAGUUUGGGACAACAAAGAUAUGGACAAUACAACAUGCUGUAUGCGGGUUUUUGGACUGACCUAUUUGGACUAAUAUGCAGGGUUGUUUCUGGUUUGGGGCAGCAGUAUGGUGGAGUUAGUUUAUGCAGAGCUUUGACUUGUUUAUGGAUAGUAUGCAGAGGAAAACAGAGCAGCAACUGCAGGUUAAUGGGAUGUAAUUUUCCUCUUGUACUUUCUGGUUUCAUUACAUGCUUAGCAGUUUUUUUAGAGUGUAGCAUUUGGAUUGGUAUAGCAGGGUUUUAUGGGCAACAAGAUAGCAGGCUGCCAUGA